CCCCCUCCUCCCGCUGCUGUCACAUUCCUCCAGGCCGGGAUUGCUGGGAGCAGUCAGUCAGUCGGUGCAGAGUGCGGGAGGAAGUGGCUGCACGUUGUCGGCUGGAGCUUUCCUCGGGGAGCGGACGUUACAGGAGCCCAGCAUGGGACACAUGAGGCCGGGGCUGCUGCUACUGCUACUACAGGCAGCCAUUGCUUCCAGAGUUCUAGAUGAAGUAUAUUUCCCAGAGAAUGAGUCGGAGACGCGGACAAGACAACAUGGCUGGCGAUACGGAGAGCUGGGAGACGAUGAAGACUUUCUGGCGGAUGAAGCCUCUGGAGAUGACCAUGGCAGCAGUGAAAUUGGCAGUGGAAUUACACCGACAGAUGCAGCCGUACCUCCCACAACAAUAACCUCAUUCUCCACAGGUCCUGUCACCACCCCCGUAGCUCCCCCGCUGGCCGGUAUGAGCGUCUCUGAGCUGGACCAAGAACCCUUCCUGAUUUAUUACAGAGCGUUAGUGAAUUUCACCACAUCUAUAGAAUAUUCCCCGGACCUGGACAAUGUCUCCUCCGCACAGUUUCGGGAUUUGUCGGAAGCGAUCGUUGACACGCUCGAGUCUGAGUACUAUAAGAUCCCUGGAGAACAAAUGGUUAAUGUUGUAUAUGUCAAGCUGAUUGACGGCUUUGUAUUUGUGGAGCUGGAUGUGGGCUCAGAAGACAACGCAAACGAUGCCCAAAUCCGCCAGGUGUUGUAUUCCGUUAUUGACAGCGGCUCCAUCGCUAGCUACGUCACCUCCACCCGAGGAUUCCAGUUCCGGCGUCUCGGAGCCGCACAAACCCCGCCCUCUCCGGUUGGGGUGGACCUCGCGGUCACACCCCCUGUCCGCUCCUGCACCAUCAAUGAGUUUACCUGCACGAAUGGUGAGUGCGUCCUCUUGGAGUACCGAUGUGAUCAGCGACACGACUGUCGGGAUAUGUCCGAUGAGGAGGGAUGUGCUGAGCCUGAGGCCUGUGGUGAGACGGAGUUCACCUGUGACAGCGGGCAGUGUAUUCCCAGGGUGUAUUAUUGUGACGGGCGCCCUGAUUGCCAGGACUCCUCCGAUGAGACGCUGUGCGGUCCUGUAGAUCCCCAGGAACCAAUCUACACCACCCCGGUUGUAGUCACCACAAGACGGGUCUAUACUACCCGACCUCCCACCACACCUUUUCCCAUUUACACAAGACCACCCAAUGCUGCCACCACACCCUUCAGACGCCCGUGCCGGAGAGACGAGGCUUUUUGCCCCACUGGGCAGUGUAUUCCUAGAGACUAUCUGUGUGAUGGAGAACGGGACUGCAGAGAUGGGAGUGAUGAGCUGAACUGUGGAACCCCCUCCCCCUGUGAGCCCAAUGAAUUCAAGUGCAAGAACGGACGCUGCGCCUUGAAGCUGUGGCGUUGCGAUGGCGACAAUGACUGCGGGGACGGCUCCGAUGAAAUCAACUGCCCCACCAAAGGCCCCAGUGACAUGUGUUCCCCGGAGCAGUUUGUCUGUGUUCAGUCCCGGACCUGUAUUCCUGCCAGCUACCAGUGUGACGAGGAGUCUGACUGUCCUGAUCGCUCCGAUGAGAUCGGCUGCAGUCCCCCUCAGGUGAUUACCCCCCCGGAAGAGAGCAUCAUGGCUUCCCGCGGCGACACAGUGCGUUUUACUUGCGUGGCAAUUGGUAUCCCUACUCCUAUCAUUACCUGGAGAUUAAACUGGGGCCACAUUCCCACAAGUAGCAGGGUGUCGAUGAGCAGCGAGAACGGCCAUGGAACGCUCAUCAUUCGGGACGUGAAAGAAGCAGACCAGGGGGCUUACACUUGUGAAGCCAUCAACGCCAAAGGGAUGGUAUUCGGCAUUCCAGACGGUGUCCUGUCCCUAAAGCCGUCCAGAGGUCCAUGCUCCGAAGGGUUCUUCCACGUGGAAAGCACCUCUAAGUGCAUCCCAUGCUUCUGCUUUGGUGUUACGAAGGUGUGCCAUCAGACCGGGCGCUACAGAAACCAAAUCAAACUGCGAUUUGACGGCGUCGAUGAUUUUAAAGGGGCGAACGUGUCCUCUGACCAGGGCUUCCCACCAUUGUCAUCUAAUCAGCUGCAGAUCGACACGACUGUGGAGGAGUUCCAGCUGGUGGACCUGUCUCGACGGUUCCUGAGUCAGGACUCCUUCUGGACUCUCCCCCCGCAGUUCCUGGGAAACAAGUUGGACUCUUAUGGCGGUUCCCUCAGCUAUAAAGUGCGCUACAUUCUGACCCGCGGUCUGUCUGAACCUGUGAGAAAGCCAGAUGUGAUUCUGAUAGGAAAUGGACAGAGACUGAUCUAUCGCACUCAGACAUCUACCCAGCCAGCCAUUGUGAACCAGCGGAGGAUCCAGUUCACGGAGGAACAUUGGCAGCACGAGUCUGGAACGGCAGUGACCCGGGAGGACCUGAUGCUAACGCUGCAGAAUCUGGAAGGGAUCUUGAUUCAAACUGUAUAUGACAACAAGAUGGCGAGUGUGGGGCUAGCGGACAUCGUCAUGGACACGACCACUGUGGACUUCACGCUGCUGGGGCUAUCCCCGGGGGUGGAGGAGUGCAGAUGCCCCACAGGGUAUUCCGGCCUCUCCUGCGAGAUCUGCGCCCCUCAGUUUGAGCGAGUUCCCGGCGGACCUUUCCUUGGCACUUGUUCCGGAUGUAACUGUAACGGACACGCCAGCUCCUGUGACUCUGAGAGCGGCUAUUGCAUAAACUGCCAGCACAACACGGAGGGACCACAAUGCAACAAGUGUAAGGAGGGCUUCUUUGGAGACCCCACCAGAGGUACUGCAGAUGCUUGCAGGCCUUGUCCUUGCCCACUCAUGGACCCCAGACGCAGGUACUCUGACACCUGCUUUGUGGACACCGAUGGACAGCCUACCUGUGAUAACUGCGCUGAAGGAUAUACAGGGCGACGCUGUGAGAGGUGUUCUGUGGGAUAUGAAGGUGAUCCGAUGAAGCCCGGAGGGCGAUGUGUAAAUAUUAAUGCGAGUGAGUCCGGGAUAUGUGACCAAAGAGGCAGCGCUGUAUCCUCUCCAACCGCGUGUGUGUGUAAGCCUCACGUCUCAGGGAAGCUGUGUAAUGAAUGUAAAAGCGGAACGUUCUACCUCAGUGACCGGAACCAAGAUGGCUGCCUGAAGUGUUUCUGUAUGGGUGUCACCCGGCAAUGUUCAAGCUCUUACUGGAACAGAGACCAGGUCCGCUCUACCUACGACAGCCGUGAACGGGUGCCAUUUACCAUUUCCAAUGCAGCCAACACUCAGACGUUCAGUGAGGGCAUCAGUGUGACCGGUCCAUCAGAGCUGACAUUCAGCGCCUUCAACCGUAUCCCCGAUGAUGUGUAUUUUUGGGUGCUCCCGGAGAGGUUCAAGGGAGACAAGGUCACGUCGUAUGGUGGGGAACUGCGCUACACCAUCACAUAUGAGGAGCAGUUUGGGGCCCCAUCUCUGGACACCCAGCCCUACGUUGUUCUGCAGGGCAACGGAAUCUCCCUGGAACAUUAUGCAAACAUCAAACCCACCUCUGGCUUCCCCAUCACAAUCACCGUUCCGUUCCGUGAGAGUUCCUGGCGCCGGACAGAUGGUCAGGAUGCCACGCGUGAGCACCUGCUGAUGGCUCUGGCAGAUAUUGAUGUCCUGCUGGUCCGGGCCUCCUAUUCCGAGAGGAUGGUUGAGAGCAGGAUCUCUGACAUCCACAUGGACAUCGCUGUACCCCACGCCACAGGGCUGCAGCUGGCGCAGGAGGUGGAACAAUGCACCUGCCCCAUUGGCUAUACCGGCCCAUCCUGUCAGGACUGUGACAUUGGUUAUACCCGCACCACCAGCGGCCUUUACCUGGGCACAUGCGAACGCUGCCAGUGUGGUGGCCACUCCACGGAGUGUGACGGAGAUACGGGAGAAUGCCUGAACUGCCAACACAACACCGAGGGAGCCAAGUGUGAGCGCUGCAGGCCUGGCUUCUACGGUGACCCCAGGAGCGGAACGCCUGGAGACUGCCAGCCCUGCCUGUGCCGGGGCCCAUCCAGCCAAUACUUUGGUACUUGUUUCCUGGACACGGAUGGGCAGCCGACAUGUGACUCCUGUCCUACGGGUUACAUUGGGCGCCAGUGUGAGAGGUGUGCUCCUGGCUACCGGGGAGACCCUGUCCGAGGACAGCCCUGCACAGGGGGUCCGGGCCCCAGUACGACCUGUGCAUGUGAUUUACGUGGCAGCAUCAGUAAUAACUGUGACUCCCGACGCCAGUGCCCCUGCAAGCCUCACGUGGAGGGUCUCUCGUGCAGCACCUGCCGACACCAUCACUUCUACCUCAAUGCCGACAAUCCGGACGGCUGCCUGCCCUGCUUCUGCAUGGGUGUGACGCAGCAGUGUGCCAGCUCCAGCUACCACCGUGAGCUGAUCACCAGCCCCUUCCUACCUGGAAACUUCCAGAACUUUGCCCUGGUCAACCGGCAGCGCAGCACGCGUGUUACCACCGGCUUCACCGUGGAGAUGUCCAUUCACGGGCCGCAGCUCUCCUACCGCCAGUUCGACCAGCUGGGGCAGGAGUCCUUCUACUGGCAGCUUCCAGAGAACUACCAGGGGGAUAAGGUCACAUCGUAUGGGGGCACCCUUCGCUACACACUGAGCUACACCGCUGGUAUACGGGGAUCCACGCUACCGGACGCCGAUGUGCAGAUCACGGGCAAUGACAUCACACUGGUGGCCUAUCACACUGAGCUGCGCCCCCCGGACAGCAAAACCUUUGAGAUUGCGUUCCGAGAGAGUCAGUGGAAGCGCCCGGACGGGCAGCAGGCCACCCGCGAGCAUCUGAUGAUGGCGUUGGCAGAUCUAGAUGAGGUCCUGAUCCGAGCCUCUUACUCCACUGACAUGUUGUCCGCUAGUAUCACCGGCGUGAGUAUGGAGUCUGCCGGACCCUCUUACACCAGCCUGCCUCAGGCUCUGGAAGUAGAAGAGUGCCGCUGUCCACUGGGCUACCGAGGACUGUCCUGCCAGGACUGUGCCCCAGGAUUCACCCGCACGGGAGGCGGCCUCUACCUUGGGCACUGUGAACCCUGUGACUGCAAUGGACACUCAGAGACUUGUCAUCCAGAGACUGGCGCGUGCUCGAACUGUUUGCACAACACAGCUGGAGAGUUCUGUGACAAGUGCGCCCCCGGCUUCUAUGGCGAUGCCACGGCGGGAACCCCGGAAGAUUGCCAGCCUUGUGCGUGCCCAUUAUCUGAGCCAGCGAACCAAUUUUCUAAGACAUGUGAGAUAGUUGGGAGUGGCGGCUACAGGUGCACGGCCUGCCCCCUAGGGUACGCAGGGCAGUACUGCGAGCGAUGCUCUACUGGAUACACGGGGAGCCCCAACAUCCGAGGACAGAAGUGUGUUCCCGAUGACCAGCGAUCCAGCUUCACUGUCCGGAUUUACCCAGAGAGGAACAGUAUUGCUGCAGGUGGUGAGGUCUCCCUGCGGUGCCAGGGAAGUGGCAUCACUCCUCACUAUUACUUCUGGUCACGAGAGGAUGGACAGCCUCUUCCUAGCAACACCCAGCUGAGAGAGAGAGGGGAGAUCCUGCAUUUCAACAAUCUGAAGGCUUCCGAUUCUGGCUUCUACAUCUGUACUUGCCGCAACUUCCAGUUCGCCAACACCAGCCGGGCAGAGAUCAUUGUCCAAGCCGCUCCUACUAGGCCAAUCACAGUGACCGUGGAAGAGCAGAGGGUGCAGAGUGUGCGACAGGGCACAGACGUGACCUUUAUAUGUACGGCGAAGAGCACGUCCUCAGCCUACACACUGGCGUGGACCCGUCCGAAUAAUGGAAAACUGCCCGAGAGAGCGAUGGACUUCAAUGGGAUCCUGACCAUCCGGAACGCACAGCCUGAGGACGCCGGCAUUUACAUCUGCACCGGCUCCAACAUGUUUGACAUGGACAAUGGCAACGCAACACUCUACGUUCAAGCUGUAGCCGGGAACGCUCCUGUAGCUGUUAUCGAACCCCAGGAGUUGACUGUUGAGGAGGGACAAGCAGCCGAGUUCCACUGCAGAGCGCUGGGGCACCCACCUCCCACAGUGGAGUGGACAGGUGGGCAGAACGGAGGGAUAUCUUCCAGAGCCACCAUCCAUAGGGGCGUCCUGCGCUUCUCCUCCGCCCAGCUCUCCGAUGAGGGGCAGUACACCUGCCGCGUGGCCAACAGUCUGGGGUACAGCGUCGCCAGGGCCGAGCUGCGGGUACACAGUGGGAAUUUGCCGGUCAUCCAGGUGAGUCCGGAAGGUUCUGUCCAGGUCAGAGAAGGAGACACAGUGCGGCUGUAUUGCAGAGCCGGAGGCAGCCCCAGCGCUACAGUCUCCUGGAGGAAGCAAGGCGGCGUCUUACCCCCCGAUGUUCGUAUAGAGGGUCAGGAUAUCUCCACGCUGGUCAUCCCAUCAAUAUCAGCAGCCAAUGGUGGGAUUUAUCAGUGUGUCGGGACCAACUCUGCUGGGAGCUCACAGGUUCCCAUCGAAGUGAUUGUGACACGAGCUUCUGCAGCCUCCCCGCUGGUGAGGAUUGAGUCAGCCACUGACACGGUACAAGAAGGGCAAACUGUGGAGCUGAACUGUGUGGUCACAAGUUACCCCCCUUCUGUGGUCACAUGGCACAGGUCGGGACGCCCGCUGUCCCCAAACCACCAGGUCUACGGCUCCCGUCUACGUAUUCUUCACGCUUCGUCAGCAGACUCCGGAGAAUACAUUUGUCAGGUCUCUAAUGGUGCUGGCACACAACAGGCAUCAAUCAUUAUAACAGUCACUCACCUUCCUGGCGUUCAGAUCCCAUUGGAAACCAUCCCUGUACUUAGAAUUGAGUCAUCCUCUGGCUCUCUGGUUGAGGGACAGACCCUGGAGCUGGAUUGCCAGGUUUCCGGUUAUCCCGGGGCUUUGGUAACAUGGCACAGACAAGGAAUUCCUCUCUCACCAAAUCAUCAGGUCUACGGUUCCCGCCUGAGGAUCCUACAAGCCACCGAGGCGGACUCUGGCGAAUAUAUCUGCCGUGUGGCCAUCGGCAGCGUCAUACAGCAAGCAUCGACCUUCGUCACAGUCACGCGCAUUUCUACAGGCUCUGUUCCAGCUCUACGGAUUGAACCCUCCUCUACUUCUGUGGCUGAAGGUCAAACCCUUGAACUGAACUGUGUGGUUUCUGAUCCACCAAAUGCUGUGGUUACGUGGCACAGAACGGGGCAGCCCCUCUCACCCAAUCACCAGGUGCUGGGCUCCCGUCUGCGAAUCGUCCAGGCAUCUGUAGCAGAUUCCGGCGAGUACAUCUGCCGCGUCGUCUCUGGCGCGCUCACCCGCCAGGCAACCAUCACCGUGACCAUAAGCCGCAGAGUUCUCCCUCCCAGCAUCACACCGACCAUCAGAAUCCAGUCGCCAACUCAGUCCUUAGUGGAAGGACAGACGGUCAUUCUGAACUGCGUGGUUGAAGGAAGGCCGAAUCAAGAGGUGACGUGGUACAGACAAGGGCAGCAGCUGUCGUCCAAUCACCAGGUUUCAGGCUCCAGUCUGCGGAUCCUUCAGGCCUCCCCGCUGGACUCCGGAGAGUAUAUCUGCCAGGUCAGCAGCGGCUCCGGGGUACAGGCAGCUUCUAUCACGGUCUCCAUUGAGGGCUCCCGACACAACACAGGCGUCUCGGGCGCUAUCCAGAUCCCACCGUCAUCAAAAACUGCAGCAGAAGGCCAGCAUGUGGAACUCAGCUGCUUGAUUGAUGGCUAUUCAGGCCGCCCAGUGACGUGGCACCGGUCCGGCGGGCAGCCGCUGCCGCCAAAUCACCAGAUCGCAGGACCACGUAUGCGGAUCCUCAACGCCAAACUAGCGGAUGCCGGCGAGUAUAUCUGUCGCGUGGACACUGGUUCUGGUUUCCAGGAAGCUGUUAUCAACGUUAUCAUCCAAAGAUCUACUCCAGGGUCUGCAAGCUCCAUCCUCAUUGAGAAGACUCCGGGGACUUUAACUGAGGAUCAGACGGUGGAUCUGAACUGCGUGGUCACUGGAAAACCAGAAGCUACAGUUACCUGGACACGCCCAGGGGAAGAUUUCUCUCCCAACCACCAGAUCUCGGGCUCCCGCCUCCGCAUUGUUCAGGCCACGAGCGCCGACUCUGGGGAGUACGUCUGCCGCUUCAACGCCGGCUCUCAGAUCUUCAAGGCCUCUACCUAUGUCACCAUCACUUCCUCGGCGCAGAAAGUUGUCCGUCUGGAGACACCAGUCAUCUCCAUCAACCCACACAGUGCCACCGUACGACAGGGGGAAAACGCCACGUUUAAGUGCCACAUCCACAGAGGAGCGCAGCCUAUCCGCGUGACGUGGAAAAUGGGACAUAAUCAGCAUUUACAGGAUAACGUGCACAUCAGUCCCAAUGGCUCCGUUAUUACCAUAGUCGGCGCUCAUCACAGAAAUCAGGGCUCUUAUCGCUGUAUGGCUUCCAACGCCUAUGGGGCAGUGGACAGCGCCGUGAACCUGGUGGUGGAAGGUAAGUGA